CUAAAGUUUGGUUUGCUCCACCAAUCCGGUUUCAGACAAGAGAGGGAUCUUGAUCCUAUUUGUCGAAUGGGGUUAGAGCAACGUGACCAUAUAACCCUAAAUGGCCAUUAUGCCCUUAUACUAGGUAGGUAGAUACCAAAAACCAACCUGGUACUCUGCCACUUUAGUUGAAUUUCAAGAAACUUAACUUUGGGCGUUCAUUUCAAUAAACGGACAAACAUUUCCGGUGAAUCCCCAGACUAUGACAUCUCCCUACAAUACCCAUUAACUCGUAGAAAACCCCCCAAAACACUUAAUUUCCAGGUUGGACCCGCAAACCCAUUAACUCGCCAUCAACCAUUUUUGUCUUCAGUCUCCUAUUUAAAGCCCCCAAGUCCUCUCUAAACUCUUGCAGUUAACAGUUCAAGGUCACCGUCUUCAAAUCUUUUGAUCUCUCUCUUUUAGGAGACAAUUAUUGGGUAGUUGUUGCAAUGGCAGAAAAAUGGGUGAGGAUGGUUACUGCACAGACGCCAACAAAUAUAGCGGUGAUUAAGUAUUGGGGAAAGAGAGAUGAGACCCUUAUUUUGCCUGUUAAUGAUAGUAUAAGUGUUACAUUAGAUCCUUCCCAUCUUUGUACUACUACAACUGUUGCUGUUAGUCCUACUUUUGAUCAGGAUCGUAUGUGGCUUAAUGGAAAGGAGAUUUCCCUUUCUGGAGGCAGGUUCCAGAGUUGUUUAAGAGAAAUUCGUGCUCGAGCCUGUGAUGUUGAGGAUAAAGAAAAGGGUAUCAAGAUUGUAAAGAAGGAUUGGGAUAAAUUACACGUGCAUAUGGCAUCAUAUAACAAUUUCCCUACUGCUGCUGGACUGGCUUCUUCAGCAGCUGGUUUUGCUUGUCUUGUGUUUGCCCUAGCAAAGCUUAUGAAUGCUAAAGAAGAUAAUGGUGAGCUCUCUGCUAUUGCAAGGCAAGGUUCAGGCAGUGCUUGUCGCAGUUUGUUUGGUGGUUUUGUGAAAUGGAACAUGGGCAAAGUUGAAGAUGGAAGUGACAGUCGUGCUGUUCAAGUUGUUGAUGACAAGCACUGGGAUGAUCUUGUUAUUAUUAUUGCUGUGGUAAGUUCACGGCAGAAAGAAACAAGUAGUACCACAGGAAUGCGUGAGACUGUUGAAACUAGCCUGCUUUUGCAACACAGAGCUAAGGAGGUUGUACCAAAACGCAUUAUAAAAAUGGAAGAGGCCAUAAAGAACCGUGAUUUUGCAUCUUUUGCACAAUUAACCUGUGCUGAUAGUAAUCAGUUCCACGCUGUCUGCUUAGAUACAUCCCCCCCUAUUUUCUACAUGAAUGAUACAUCCCACAGGAUAAUAAGCUGCAUUGAGAAAUGGAAUUGCUGUGAGGGAACACCUCAGGUGGCAUAUACAUUUGAUGCUGGGCCUAAUGCUGUUCUAAUUGCACAAAAUAGAAAGACUGCUGCCCAGUUGCUGCAGAAGUUGCUUUUCUUUUUCCCUCCAAAUUCUGAUACUGAUUUAAACAGUUAUGUUAUUGGUGAUAAGUCAAUACUAAAAGAUGCUGGGAUUCAAGAGAUAAAGGAUGUGGAAGCAUUGCCACCACCUCCAGAAAUUAAGGAUGCCUCAAGAUACAAAGGAGAUGUUAGUUAUUUCAUCUGCACAAGACCUGGCAGGGGUCCUGUUUUGCUCUCCGACGAAAGUCAUGCUCUUCUCAAUCCCGAAACUGGUCUGCCUAAGUAAAAGUGGCAUCAAAUGCCUUUUUCUUGCACGUCUAUUGUCUUGCUGUACCUAGGUAAACAUAUCUGUGAACCUAUAGGUAUGACAUUUUUAUGAUUGUUUUCAGUAAUAUAAGCUACAGAGAAGUAAUUUUCUGCAACUUUUGAUGGCUAGUUCGCAGAUUUCAGAUCUUUUUUUCUUGUAUUUGUAAUUUAUUUUAUUAUUACUAUUGUUAUUACUAUUUUUGCUUCUUAGUCCAUUUAGGGUUUACA